AACGAUUGGUCCAUAAUUAUGUUUGAAUUUUGAAAAUGCCGACACCCCAACGUGUCCAACGGAGGUACACCAUUGAGGCAAGGGUGAAACUCCUCUUGGCAUAUGAAAACUCUGACUUGAGUGCCAAUGCCAUCUGCGUCCGUGAAGGCAUUCCACGCUCGACGUGGCAAACCUGGCUCAAGAAAAAAGACGAGUACCUUAACACGCGGCGACACAAGGAGGACCCUACACUUGGAGGCCAAGGCAGACCAGAGUCGAUGCAAUUUGGCGCCGAGCUGUUGGCGUUCAUGAAGGCGGUGCGAAAGGACAAUCGCCGCCUUACCACAGCGCACAUGGUAAGGUGGAUCCAGAAGCAUCAGCACGAGUGGCUCGAAUCGUACUACCUUGCAACGAAGGGAGGGCACGUGGCACUGUUGGGCCAAUGUCAACGAUUUGCACAUCGCCAUGGUUUCGCCCAGCAGUGUGUGCCAUGUAGCGAAGUUGAAGCGCCAGUUAAUAGUUGCGGAGUUGUGGCUAACACCAUCGGAAGGUCCGCAAUCAACGACGGUAGCCUCUCGUAACGUUAGUUUCAAUUUGGUUUACGAACUUGAAUGAUACAGUACUCACUACUCGGAGUAUACCAAAAUUAGAUGCCUGUAAGUACUUCCCUUAUUGUCCUUUUCCCCAAAUUUGGACUUAUGCUGACUCGCCAAAAUCUAUCGAUCGAUUCUUUGUA